CAGUGCCUUGCUGUGAAUUUUCGACAGUUUGCUAGCUAACACUACAGAUGAAGAUAGCUAGCUGGCAUCAGAAUGGACACAAAAUACAAACUGAGUCUCACCUGUUUAAUUGUUCUAUUAUCACUGAUAAUAGGGAUAAUCUCUUCUGCACACGCUUUGACAUGUUUAAGGAUGGGGAACUUCACAUCCUUUGGCUCAAGUGGUCCGUCAAGCACAGCAGCGUGUGGCCAGUUUCUACAGGAGGUGGUGUCUCAUAACUGCAUUGUCAUAUUCUCCAAGACCACUUGUCCAUAUUGCAAAAUGGCCAAGAAUGUAUUCAAUGAAAUUGGUGCUACAUACAAGGUGAUCGAGCUGGAUGAACACAAUGAUGGAAGAAGACUACAAGAGGCCUUGGCUCAGAUGACCGGUGCCAGAACGGUGCCGAGGGUCUUCAUCAAUGGAAACUGCAUUGGAGGAGGCUCUGACACAAAGGAGCUACACCAGAAGGGAAAGCUGCUGCCUCUGAUAGAACAAUGUGCCCCGUGCUGCAUGAAAACUAACUCUGAAGGCUCGGGCAGUGGACAGUUUGAGUCCACCAAAUGACUAACCGUUCUAAUUCUCACUGUAAUUCAUCCUGUAUUUAUCUCAUGUUUGCUCGACUUUGUGUGAUACAUUAUGUUGUCUAUUUACCAAGAUGCACACAUCGCCCUUCCUCUACAUUCAGGGAAUGUACAGUAUUUUAAAGAAUUAAACUCCAAUCUUUUCAACAA